AUGGCGUUGCAGAGCAGCGUGGUGCACAAAUAUUCGCAUCCGGGUACAUUUGUCGUGGCGGUUGAGUGCACCAGCCGUGACAUGCAGAUUACAGCUCAGAAAAUAAUGACCAUUCAAGAGCCAGUCAGAGCAUUUGGUGUCAUCAUGUGCUAUGCUGGGAAGCUGUCCUUUCAUGCAACCAACUGCAAAGCCCUUUAUGGAGAGACAUUUCAAAUCCAAAUGGAGCUAAAAGCAGGUACCCAUGUGACCUACAGAAUCCAGAGUGAUGAAAUCUUGUUGUCCGGUUUGUCUGUUGUCAGAGGAAAUGUGCCCCAGAACAUCACAGUGACACCAGAUGUGGUGGAGCAGCUUGGGCCCGGCUGCCACCAGCUGACACUUCACGCAUCUAACAUGGUCACCUUCCCUGAAGUGUCUGCAGAUCUGCAUGUGUGUGUGUUGGAGAGAGUAGCCGGGCUUCAGGCCUCUGUGCUGACACAGACGGAUGACUGUCUCGACUCUCCAGAUAUUACUGUUGGUGUUUCCCUCGAACGGGGAGCGCCUGUGCUGCUCCUCUUCCUACUGCUUGGAGACAAUAAUUCAUUCUCUCAGAUCAGAGAAAUGAAUACAAGGAGGGACAUUUUUCAUAUUGGACGCCCGAUCCCAGGAUCCGUGCAAGUAAAACUCAGAGCAUGGAACGUCUUCUCCUCUGUGGAGGUGGAUGUGGAUGUGUUUGCUUCAGCUGCCAAAACGGGCCACCGUAAAAUCUGA